UUUGGUGUGCGUGCAGUUCCUAAACGACUUGGGCGAAGCGCCGUGUGAAAUGCCUCGCUGGUCUCACGGAGACCUAUUUACUGAGCCGCCCUUAAAAAGUCCUAACGUACCAUGCGCAUGAUUCAUUCAAACAUAGUAGCCCACCUUGCCAAAGGUUAGGAAAUUAGAUAAAGACGAAAUGAGCUUCGGAAUAGGUAUCGGUGACGGCAUUACAGUCUUGAAAUUGGUAAACGACAUCCGCAAACAGUUUGUUGGCGCCCCGGAUCAGUUCAAGAACAUAUCUGAUGAGGUCAGAAGCCUUGGGAUUGUUCUCCAGGAUGUUGAUGUCAACGUGGCAGAAUGCGAGCUCAAUAGCCAGCAACUGAGCUCUCUGCGCGAAAUUGUUGACGGUUGUCAAUGCGUACUUGAGAAACUGCGUCAGACGUUGGAUAAAUACAGCGAAUUUGAUUUAAAUGAUGGAAAUACAAGCAAACGAGUUAGAAGAAUCUGGAAGCGAUUCAAAUGGGAUUCAAAAGAAAUCGACGAGCUCCGCGGUCGGAUUACUGCGAACAUAUCGUUGCUCCAUACCUUUCUCGGAGGACUAUCCAGCCAGGCAACCUUUGCUACCAAGAAGGGAGUAGAUCGAUUAAAUCGGUACCAAGAUGAUCAAAAACGAAAUUCUAUCCUUCAUUGGCUUACUCCGAUUGAUGAGGCUUCUCAACAAAGCAACCUCAUUAAGCGGCGUCAGGCUGGGACUGGACAGUGGCUUCUAGACUCCCCUGAGUUCCAGGGGUGGUUGCAAAGCGAAGGAAAGACGUUAUUCUGCCCUGGAAUGCCUGGAGCUGGAAAGACAUUCAUAACAUCAAUUAUUGUGGAUAAACUCAAAGCUCUCUUCGGGGAUGACCAAAACGUUGGCAUUGCGUAUAUUUAUUUUAAUUUUCGGCGGACACAUGAGCAGAAGACCGAGGAUCUUUUCAAGUGUUUAUUGAAACAGCUCACCCAAUGCCAGCCUUUUCUCCCAGAAGGAUUAGAAAAACUUUACGAAAAGCACGAUCGGGAGCGGACGAAGUCAUCAUUCGACGAAGUUUUACAAGUUCUCCGAUAUACAGCCGGUUUGUAUACGAAGAUCUUCAUUCUGGUUGAUGCGGUUGACGAAUGCGAAACGUCCUGCCGAUCGAGGUUUUUGGAUGAGCUCUUCGCCAUUCAGGCUGAAUGUGGAGUAAAUAUCUUUGCUACCUCACGGUCUAUUCCAGAUAUUGCGAAGAAAUUCGACAGCAGCUCAUCCCUAGAGAUUCGCGCAAAUAAUACGGACAUAAGAAUGUAUUUGGGAGAAAACAUUCAACAACUAACGGCGUUUGAUGAUUGGAACCAAAAGUUACGGGAUGAGAUUGUGACUAGCAUAUCGAGUGUGGUGGAUGGGAUGUUUCUCUUGGCACAAAUUUACCUUAACUCACUGGACGACAAGACUACGCCAAGAGCUGCCAAAGAUACCUUGGCACAGUUCCGGAAACGACAUUCGGAACCAGGCCAGGACCAGGCGGAUGUUUUAGAUCAAGCGUACGACGACGCAAUGGCCAGAAUCAAUGAACAGAGACCAGGUUUUAAGAAACUUGCGAACGGGGUUCUCUCAUGGGUUACAUACACGAGAAGGCCCUUGAUAACUCGAGAACUGCAACACGCCCUUGCUGUUGAGAUCGGUAGCUCUGGUCUUGACGAAGAUAACCUUGAGAAAAUCGAAAGAAUGAUUUCGGUGUGUUUCGGUUUAGUUGUAAUUAACGCGGAAAACAAGACCGUUGAGCUAGUGCAUCAUACAACACAAGAAUACUUCGAACAGACGCAGGAGAAGUGGUUCCCGAAUGCGCAGUCAGAAAUACUGGCGACCUGUGUUUCCUAUCUAUCGUUUGAUAUCUUUGAAGCAGGUUUCUGUCACAAACAUAGGAAAUUCAGAAACCGUUUGAAGUCGAAUCCAUUCUACAACUAUGCCGCCCAAAACUGGGGUUAUCACGCUCAUGAUACCACCUCUCUAGGUGAACAGUUGGUACUUAAGUUUCUCGAUAGUGAUAAUAAGGUUUCCGCUGCUAGCCAGGCGAUGAUGGACCGUGAUGAAAUGUCUUACGACCAUGGGUCAAGGUCGCCUAACAAAGUGAUGGGACUACAUGUCGUGGCGUAUUUUGGGCUAGACGAAUUGGUUUCGACUUUGCUAAGCCAUGGGCAUGAUCCAAAUGUCAGGGACGCCUACGGGCGAACGCCUCUGUCAUGGGCUGCGCAGGAGGGACAUGAUAUGGUAGUGCAACGGUUACUAGCCACUGAAAGCGUUGAUCCGAACCUCGAGGGCUUUAAUAUGCUUCCGCCGCAAGGUCGGUUGCUUCUUGGAGGACAGGGAUCACCUGCAAGAGUGCUGUUAGACAGGUCGGAAGCCGACCGAUGUGGUGCGACGCCGCUCUGGUACGUUACCUUGAGCGGGAGAGAGUCAUUAAUUAAAAUCCUAAUGAGCCAGCACAAUGCCAACUUGAAAUUUAAGGAUAAGUGCCAUGGUACUACGCUAUUGUGGUGUGCCUCAGGAAGUGGUCGCACGGCAUUGGUUAGGAUGUUGCUCGAAGAGGGCCUUGACCCAGAAGAGCGCGACAACACAGCAAAACUGACGCCCCUUGCUAUCGCUGCCGAGAUGGGACAUGAAGAGGUAGUAGAGUUACUACUUGCUGAUCAUCGCGUUGACCCUAAUUCUAGGGGUGGGGAUGGGUGGACAUCUCUCAUGCUAGCGGCGAUGGGGGGGCAUGAAAGUAUAGUCGAAUUACUACUCAAAAAAGAUGGAUUGGAUGUGAAUACAGUAGAUGACAUCUACCAAUGCACGCCACUAUAUUGGGCCGCUCGCCAGGGAAGAGAGGGAGUUCUAAGGCUACUACUCGCCGACAAACGCGUGACUAGGAACACUGGGAAUGCUGAAGAUGGCUGGACGCCGCUAAUGUACGCCGUGCACAGAGGCUUGCUACGGGUCAGUUCGAUGUCAACGUCCGGAGUCGAGACGACGAGACGGCGUUGUCGUUAGCUAUAGAUGGUACCGACUGGGUUGAAAAGGGUUCCGGUACGCACACAUUAUAAGGAAGUGGUGACACUUCUAUUAGCUGUCGACGGAAUUGAUCCAGACCCAAGGACCAGUUAUGGUUGGACGCCGCUGUUAUUUGCUGCAAAGUAUGGAUCCGAGGAGGUAGUUGAGUUACUGAUCGAUAAGGGAGCCAAUAUCCACCCAAGAAGUGGUAACGAGGGUGGGACGCCGUGUCUCUAUGCCGCUAGUCAGGGGUACGAGUCUACCCUUAGGCUCCUUAUUGAGAAGGAAGCCGAUAUAGAGUCGCCGGAUUACGAAGGUCAAACGCUGUUAAUACGAACCAUCAACUCGGGAUACGAGGAUAUCGUUUAGUUGCUACUCGAGAAGGGCGCUAACGUCAAACGGAUGGAUAAUGCAGGUAAAUCACCAUUGAUGUGGGCUGCUGAAUGCGGGAAUGGGAACAUACUUAAGUUGCUACUUGAGAAAAUUGCCAGUCCCGGCUCGAAGAAAGUUUAAGGUCAGACGACGUUGCAAAUGAAGACCACUAAACCAUUGUGGGGUUAUUGCCAUAGGGAGCAAUAGAUUAUUUUCAAG